CUCUCACAUCUCUCCAUCUCUCUCUCCAUUCUCUUUCCCCCAUAACAACAACAAUACCUACCAUCCAUCACCAUGGAACCCGCCGGCAGUGCUGACAUGAAAUCCGCACACCAAUACCUGAUCGAUCCUCUCAUGGGUCCUGAACCCAGCGAGGAGACUGGUCCCGGCUCGCAUUUCCGUUCCACCUUCGACUCUCUCCCGAAAGGCCGCAGUGGCAGGAACAGCUACCCAUCUCCGCCCAACUCCGCCGGAAAGGAAGCUUUCCCACAGUUCCACCCCCAGACGACCGGCAGCUCGAGCAAGACGAACCCCUUCCGCAAGUCCAGCCUCAGUUCCAAGGAUGGCAGCUAUGUCACCGCGCAGCCAAUCAGCUCCGGCUAUGCCACUCCUCCCUCGUCUGCUUCUCCCCGUCGCAGCACCAACCCGUUCCGCGACAACAGUUACCCCUCGCCACCUCAUUCUCGCCGCAGUAGCGACCACCACCACCGUUCUCCGGGACAUCGCCACGUGACCGAGGGUCGCCCGCGCCGCAGCUCUUCCCUGCGUGAGCGCUACCCGGGUGACAGAUCGGUGUACCCUCUCGAUGAGCUGAGGCGCGAAGAGAAGCUUGCGCGUCGUUCGCCUCACCUCAACAAGCGCCACCUUCCCGGUCCGGACACGAUCGACAGACUGGACCAGAUUGGCGGCAAGUACCACCACGAGGGACCUUACGACGCUACGCUGUUGGCACGCAACACGGACAUCAAGACUAGUCCCAUCGCCGCUGUUGCAGAGAGCAAUGCCGAAGCGCUGAGGGCGACGCCCCGGGAGAACAUCAUGGACGCGCUUGAGAAGCACUAUCCGAUUGAGGGAACGGCGGCGGUGCCGCCUGGAACGAGGGACCGCUUUGGACGCGUGUACAACUACCGAGAAGGCGAGGACAUGAUGAUUGCUGAUGGUGGAAACUACAAGAGAUGGGACGAUGUUGAAUAUCGCCCCAACGAUAUCAAGGGCAAGGGCGAGCCUCUUUUUGACGCCGAGGAAUACGAGGCUGCUGGUCGCAAGAAGCGUGACGAUGACUACGGCAUUGAGAUGACGACACGUCCGCGCAACAAGUCCGAUGCCGCGCCCUACAACGCCGAAUGGCAGCGAGAAGAGGGCGUGCACAGGAGCAACACGACGGGCCGCAAGGUGACCGAAGGCAUCAAGAAGAGGAUCAGCCACAUCCGCAAGAAGACCAAGGAGUAAACAUCUGAAAACGUCUCGAUGUGUGGGUCCAUAAACUGUUGAGACCCAACGGCUUCGGCACGCGUGGUAUUAUCACGAUAGACUGUCCCUAAAGAUAAGGCUUGAAUUCCUUGUACCAUAAGGGUGCAUCAAAGACUAGGAAAAGAAUGCUUGUACGAUAAGAGAAGGCUUUUUUACGACAUUGGACGAUCAUGUAAUAUUUAGAGCGAGAUUUCAUAGUGGGUAUUAAAUUGUACAGUAACGGUAUAUCACC